CACAGGAGACGGUCAGAGACUGCGGACAUAGUACAGGAGACGGUCAGAGACUGCGGACAUAGUACAGGAGACGGUCGGAGACUGCGGACACGGUACAGGAGACGGUCAGAGACUGCGGACACGGUACAGGAGACGGUCAGAGACUGCGGACAUAGUACAGGAGACGGUCAGAGACUGCGGACAUAGUACAGGAGACGGAGAGACUG